GUAAUUUCUGAACUAUCUCGAAGCGUCUGGCUUAGAGCAGCAUCACUUAGUGGGUAGUUGCCUAUCGCUAGCUAUAUAACAUGCCAAAAUAUUGCUCUUGUUUGGAUACAACUUAAAUAGGCCCAUGCUAUGGAGCAAUUCUAAAUUUCCAAUUACGCUGGACCAUGAAUUGCACUCAGUAGCGUGAUUGCACAUAACAAUCGCAAUUAUACUUCGUUAUUUUUUAUAAUCAAAGAUCGAGUCUGGAAAUAAACAAACAAUUUUUAAGACUCAUUUGAUGAACAAACUACAGUUAUUACAUAUAUAUGCGCAGCUGACAGUCACAAAUCACUCACAAUCAUUAGACACCAUGAAAUUUAACGCAAGAGCAGUGAUGAGUACAACUACAGAUACAGUCGCGUCUCUGUUUCGAAUAUGUAAAUAUUGAGUCGUCAAUACGAAGCUUUUUUUGUACGUUGAUUAAAAUUGUGAGCUGCAUGCCUAAAUCAGUCAAUUUCUAUACAAUUUUAUAAUGAAACUUUAGUAACUUUAUCAUUUUUAGCUUUUAAGAACAAGCAAUUAUAGAAAGAAUUUUAUGAUACUUCAUCUGCUUAUGAAAGCUUGAUUAAUCUUGCGUGAACAAUAAUUCGCCACAUUUCCAAAGCGCCAUCCAAAUAUGUUUUGUCAAGAAAAUGCUUUCUAAACCAUCACAAAUUCAUCGCUUACGAUGAUUGAUUGUCAUAGAUAUGACUGACAAUUCGUUCAAGACGUCAGUGAAUGGACUUGUUCUGUCGUUUGUCGCUGCAUUAGUGAUAUUUGCUUAUUUGUGUUCACCUACUAUCAAAACAUCAAAUAAUGUCGAUGAUGAAAAAUUACAUAUUCGUUCACUGGUGAACAAUGGGACGAAACAUGAAUCAAUAGUUCCCCAUGUCAACGUCUCUGCAGUUACAGAUUGGGUGAAAACUCACAAGAAACAAGCAGCAGUUGGUUUGAUCGUUGGAGUAACAAUCACGAUCAUAAUUAUACUUCUUAUAUGCUCCUGCAUUUCAAAAUUUGCAGUGGAAAAGGUGAAAAGGAACAAAAAGAAAAAAGAUGGAGUUUUAAGAGGCUUUCUGAGAAAGAUCAAGCUUCCAAAACUAAAACUACCGAAAUUUUCUUUGUUUAAAAUUCAGCCAGAUGAUGGUUUUGGUAGAGAGAUUAAAAAUAUCGGACGAUUGAAAUUUACUCUUUCAUAUGAAAAACGAACCGGGACUCUUUAUGUGAAAAUUAUCAAAGCCGAAGAUUUAUCCAUCAAGUCAUCUGGCUACGUUUCAUUUAAUUUUGUACAAGUUGAACUUGAUCCAUUUUCAAUUUGUCGACGUGCAGAUGAAGGAUCUCAUGAAACAAAACGAGUUCGAAACAGUAUUUCCCCCAUCUUUAACGAUCUCAUCUCAAUUAAUAUUCUACCUGAUGAGCUCAAAGAGCAAACAUUGAUUCUGUGUGUGUUCGAUGCAAACAAGAUAUCGCCUCGAGAUUUGAUAGGUGCUGCAAGCUUGGACAUGCGUCGUUUAUUUGACCGGAUAAAUGGAAAAUCAGAGCAGUUUGUAGAAAAUUUGCAGUGGAGAAGAGAAGCAAAAGGAGGUGAUAUUUUAUUGGAUUUUCGCUGGAAUCCAAGAGACGAAGUGUUUUACGUCACUAUAAAGGAAUGUUCACAUCUUAGUCCUGUUGACAAGAAAGGACAAGCUAAUCCUUAUGUUACGCUGGACGUUUUUGAUGGAACUGCGCGAAUAUUUCAUAAAAAAACGUCAACAAAACAAAAAACUUUGUUUCCAGUUUUUGAGGAAGAAUUUCAUUUUCCAUUUAAGGAAACACAAAAGAAGUCGUUAUGUCUUAUAGUAAGCGUGAAACAUCGACCUAGUUGGCAUUCUGGUAAAAAAGCCGUGAUUGGUCAGCUUAGCUUUAGUUCUCGAUCAAUAGGAAGCGAGCAAACGCAUUGGCAAUCAGCUUUAUCAAGUGGAAGCAACAUUUCUUUGAUGCAUGUUCUCCGACCUGCUGUCGACAUGCCACGAAAACAUGUGAGCAAAAGAUCUCAUUGUGAAGAUCUUUAUGAUAUUUUAUCAGAAGAAGAAAACCUGAUGGAAGAAGAAGACGAUGUGUUACUUUAAAUUACAUUUCUUUAAACAUGCAUGUGUAAAAAACAUUUAUACAGAUGUUUACACAUGUUUUUAAACUUUUUUAUUGAUGUUCUCAUGAGUGGUAUUGUCAUUGGAGGGUUUCGCAGAUAAGAACAUAAGACGGAAAAGUCCCAGAUGAUAACAGUUGUAAGCUGAAAAAUAUCGAUACUUGUUUGUAUAAAACUUUUAUCGAUUUCUAUACUCAUACAGAGUUCAAAUUUUCGAUGGAUUUCAUUGAAAAUAAUAAAAUGUGUACAUGUUUACAGUUUGAUA